AGUUCAUUUGGCGCCGAAGGAAGCCGAAGGUUUGGCGGAAGAAGAGUGUAAAAUGUUGGAGUAUACGAAUUCGAUCGAAAAAUUAAUGCCAAACUAAAUUUACAGGCUAUACCUGGACAACUGAUUUGCUGGACAAAGUCUGUGCCUACGGGCCUGACUGCAAAAACUGAUCUGAAACAGAUUUUUCCAAAAACAAAAUGGACAAAACUAAUGGUGUAGGACACGCACAAGGUGGGGGUUUCCAUCGGCUACCUCAGAUUCCUACCAUGAGCAGAAAUGUAAAGAUAGCACAGAGCAAGAUGAGCGCAAAGUUAGAAUCAACUGAGAUGGAGACUCAGAAAGAGGAAGCAGUUCUUCUUGUUGAAGGCACCGAUACAGUCGUGAAGAUAGGGAGUGAUGGCAGUGCGCAAACUACAAAUGCUCCGCUUUCUGAACCUUGUAAAGACAAAUCUGAUGAAGGAAGUGUAGGUGAAGAACCUAUUAAUAAUCAAAUAACAGGAGAAUCAGAAAUAACGAUAAAGAAGCCUAAGAAGCUCCCUAAAAGCAAGAUAAAGGAGGAGUCAGAAAAGAAUAUUUCCACACUUAGGGGGUCAGGGAAGAGAUGCACAAAAAAGGCAAGAGUUCAAGAGAAAGGAAAAGGGACAGAUGCAGAUGAGAUUCCUGACAUUCCAGUUGAAAAUACAUUUCCAAAUUCAGACACUGUUAGUAAAAUUUCAAGACAAGAUUAUCAAAGUGUGAUGAAUUGAAUAUGGUACCCAGAAAUUUUAAAAAGUCUUGUCUUUCAAGUGGCCAGACUAAGGGAAACCUACAAGAGGAUGAAAAUUCAAAUAAAGAAAGUUUGCCUAAAGAAAAGACAAUGAACAGCAAGAAAAGGAAGAGGGCUACAGAUGAUGAUGACAUUAAAGACUCCGAUUUUUCAUUGAAGUGCAAUGCUCAAAGUCAAAAAUGUCAGAACAAUUUGGCAAACUCAGAGGGAACAUGACACUGGGGGACAGAGAGUCUUUAUCAAGUCAGAAGUAUUAACUGAAGCUGAUACAGAAAAUGUAAUGCAUGGAGAAAGUGCACAGACCUUAGCCACAGACACAGAUAAAUCUGUUAGCAACAAUCGGAAGAGCAGGAAAAGAAUUAUAAAAAUUGAAAAUACUGAAGAAACAGACCAACAGCUUUUGUUGAAAACUAGCAUUUCUGAAGUGCUGGAAGUGAAGGAAGCUAUAAAUAAUGUUAUGGUGCGUGAUGAGUCCGUAGAAAAAGUGCAGCAAUCACCAAAUUCUUCAGAUGAUGUUCGGCAAGAUGAAUCAGAGUCUAAUAAAUCUGUUGUUGAUCUAUUGCCGAAAGACUUGCAGACAGCACAGAUGAAAGAACAAGUUUUACAAUCUCAAGCAGAAACAAAGGAAAUGGAAGAUUCAAAUGGUAUAGAGGAUACAAAAUGUUCUUCUGACAUGGCAGCUUGUGAAACCAAAGAUGGUUCUGCUUCAGAAUCAGUAAAAUCUGGACCAGUAAAUAAUAGGAUUGGCCUCAAGGUAUACAUGUCAGCAGCAGGGACUGUCCUGCCAAGGACAGUUUUGCUGCGAGAAAGUGAACGACCAUCGGAUAGUCAGCUGGCUCGAGUAAGAGAAGGCAACACGCAAGAGUUUGAUGCCUUGCAUCCAGUUAAAUGGCAUAUUGGUGAUUUGCUGUGGGGGCAUGUCAGUGGUCAUCCUUGGUGGCCAGGUAUGGUGUCCAGUGACCCUUUCUCUGGACUUUUCACUACUAUAAAACGUGGGCCUGGCCUAACCAGGAUGUAUCAUGUGCAAUACUUUGGUGAUGAGGCAGAACGAGGAUGGGUGAAUGAGAAAUCAGCACUACCAUUUGAUGGAAAACAAAAACUUGUUGAGUAUGGAAAAGAACAGGUUAGACUAGUAAAGGGAAGAGCCAACAAAACUAAGCUGUUGCAGUCUUUUUGUCCUAAUCCACGGCGCAAGGCAGCUUGGGAAAUCGCUGUCGCUGAAUCUGAAGAUGCAGCAACACUUGAUAAAACAGAACGCAUAGAUAAAUACACAUUUGUUUACGAAUUUUUGCCCAACAGAAAACCUGGUGUUGGACAGAAAUCCAAUGUAAAAGGAGGUAAUGUGUCUUCAAGAGGAACUGACAGAGGUUUGAAAAGAAAAUCAGAGGGAGACUUGGUUAUUGAAAGGACCACGAAGGACCUCAGUGGUUCAGAACUAAAGUUUAAAUCAUCUGCUGCUGUUGGAAGCUUUGCUCAUGUCGGUGGACAAGAGGAGGGCUCUUUUAGGACAUUUUGCAUAAAACAUAGUGAAACCUUUCUGCAAGAGCAUCCAGAUUACAGCAGUAUCAUGGUGAUGCAAGACCUUCAUCAGCAGUGGACCAUGAUGUCUCCACAGCAACGGUUACGCUACAAGUCAAAAGUUUCUAAGGCAUCUUCUGAAAGCACUGAUGUUGAUGGCAUUACCUCAGGCUCCAGCAAGCGAUCUCCACGUGUGAGCAGGCCAUCUCUCAAAAAGAUUGAAGCUGAUGAAGAUAAUAAGGCAUUUACAGAAUUAACAGCUAAGCGUUUGAGACGACCCUCGCAUUCAGUUCACCAUAGUAGGUCACUGGAAAGCCGAGACUCAUCCAAUGAAGAGGAAUUGCUAUCAAGUCGUGAAGGAAGCGGGCAGCAGCACCAGAAUGGCCUGCACCUUAAGCAGAAUCAGGACUCUGAUUCAAGCUCAGACAUGAUUGACUCUUUUGCUGCCAAAGAACGCAUGGGAAAACCUGAUGAGGACUAUGUUCUGGAGAUUUUUAAGUUGAAUAGUGCAGGACCUCCCAAAAAAGAAAAUAUUUGUACUGUGUGUGAACAGGCAGGGGAGUUAAUUGAGUGCCAUGGACCAUGCCAAAGUUACUUCCAUACUUCUUGCUUAAAAUUGGAAAAGGAACCAGAAGCUGACUUUCGAUGCAGUGAAUGCUGUGCAGGCAUACAUAGCUGCUUUGCAUGCAAGAAGCAGGACAAAGAAGUGAGACGGUGCUCGGUAUCACAGUGUGGCAAAUUUUAUCAUGAAGAAUGUGUUAAGAAACUUCCCCAGGCUCGCAUGGAAGGCAAGGGCUUCAUCUGCCCACUUCAUGUUUGUGCUACUUGUGCAGCAGAUAAUAUCCGCAAUCCAAAGGCUGUCAAAGGCCGUCUUUUGCGCUGUGUAAGAUGUCCGACUGCUUACCAUGUGGGUGACUUCUGUAUUGCUGCGGGAAGCAAGCAUCUUGCUGGAUACCACAUUGUGUGCAGUGGCCACUUCAAGCCUCUCAAGUCCCAAGCACAUCAUGUUCGCAUCAAUGUUUCUUGGUGUUUCUCCUGCAGUAAAGGCGGAAGUCUGGUGUGCUGUGAAACCUGCCCUGCAGCUUUCCAUAUUGAGUGUGCUCACUUAGACAGUAUGCCUGAAGAUGCAUGGUAUUGUUCAGACUGUGCACACGGAAAACGGCCAUUGUAUGGGGACAUUAUUUGGAUUAAGAUUGGCAAUUACAGAUGGUGGCCAGGAGAAAUAUGUCACCCACGCAAUGUACCUGUAAACAUCCAGGAAAAGGCACACCAGGUUGGAGAGUUUCCAGUUCGCUUUUUUGGUUCCCAUGACUUCUACUGGACUCACCAGGGGAGAGUAUUCUUGUUUCAAGAAGGAGAUAGAGGCAGCAAAGACAUCUCAGCUUGUCGAGGAUUGUUCAAGAUGUAUUGCAAAGGUGUGAAGGAGGCCACAGAAGCAUUUAAACUGUGGAAAGCAGCAAAAAUGAAUAAAGAGCAGCUGGAACAAGAGAGGAAUGACCGAAAACCAGCACCGUACAAAUUUGUUAAGGCUAAUGUGCCAGUUGGAAAUGUACAAAUCCAUAAAGCUGAUUUGUCAGAAAUUCCUCGAUGUGAAUGCAGACCUGAUCAGGAAAAUCCCUGUGGCUCAGACACAGAAUGUCUCAAUCGGAUGCUAAUGUAUGAGUGCCACCCUCAAGUGUGCCCGGCUAAAGAGUCAUGUCACAAUCAACGCUUCCAAAAGCGCCAGUAUCCAGAUCUUUUACCAUAUCGUACAGAAUCUAGAGGAUGGGGACUGAAGACACUGAUGGACAUUAAAAAGGGUCAGUUCGUCAUUGAGUAUGUUGGUGAUUUAGUUGAUGAAGAUGAAUGCAAACGACGCAUUGCUCAGGCACAUGAGGAAAAUAUCACCAACUUCUAUAUGCUGACCCUUGACAAGAAUCGCAUUAUAGAUGCAGGACCAAAGGGUAACUAUUCGCGGUUCAUGAAUCACAGUUGUGAGCCUAAUCUGGAGACACAGAAGUGGACAGUCAAUGGAGAUAUCAGAGUGGGGCUCUUUACUCUCAAAGACAUACCUGCUGGUUCAGAACUGACCUUCAACUACAACCUGGAGUGCCUAGGCAAUGAGAAAACAAAGUGCUCAUGUGGCUCAGACAUCUGCAGUGGGUUUUUGGGUGUGAGACCAAAGACGGCAGCAGCAGCACACAUGGAAAAAAGAAAACGCGAAAAAGAUGCCAGAAAGAAAAAAAAGAAGAAGAAGCUUGACGUGAAAAAGGAACAUGAAGAUGAAUGCUUCCGCUGUGGUGAAGGUGGUGAACUGGUGAUGUGUGAUAAACCCAAUUGCCCCAAGGUGUACCACUUGCAGUGUCUUAACUUGGCCAAGCCCCCACAUGGUAAGUGGCUGUGUCCUUGGCAUCAUUGUGAUGUCUGUGGCAAGCUCGCCAACAAGUUGUGUUCAGAAUGUCCAAACUCCUUCUGCCAGCAGCAUGCAGAUGGAGUUAUUUCCAACAUCAAUGAUAGUCUGGUCUGUGCAGAGCAUACCGAUCUUAUCCAAGGUUUUGCAGUCUCCAUGUCAGGAAGCACAUCUUCUCAGUCAUUGUCAUCUGGUGAUAGUGAUGACACUUCUGAAUCAAAACCACAAUAUUCUGACUCAGAAAAUCCACCUCCAUCCCCAAGGAAUGUGACUAAUGAAUCCAAAUUGGAUGAAGAUAAAGUUUCUAUUUCUGAUGGCAGAAUGCAAGCAAAAGUUGACAGCUUAUUUUCUUCAGGUAAAACCGUACUUGAAAGAGAUAUGAUAGCAGAGGAAAGCCAGGAUGCAAAUAUUGAACAGAGUGAUAGUGGGGUAGGAAGGCAGCAGUAUGGAGAUACAAAGCAAGCUGAUAUUAGGGUUUCAAAGCAGCAUUCCCCCUCAAACAUCAGCUCAGGUGAAAAAGUUCAUUUGCACUGUUCCCAACAAAGAACAGUUUGCUCACCAGGGAGCAGGGGAGGCUGUGCCUCGUAUUAUCCGUGCACAGAAUCAGGGAGGAACGAAAAAUGUUUGUCGAACUAAGGCCCGUUACAAAGCUCAGCUGAGAACCAAACAACUGCAGCCUUCUCAGCCAGUUGACUCAUCCCCUAAUCCACAGAAUCCACAUGAAGACAGUGAUGGAGAUGGUGACUUAGUUAUAGAUCUUCACUCCAACUAGUAGAUGAUGGGUAGUCGAGUUGAUGCAGCGUAAGUUUGAUACAGAGAUAUUGGUUGAUAACUUUUCAUUCAACACUACCUCAAGUGCCUGUAUUGCAGAAUGCUGUCCAUCUCAAGAAAUUAGAAGAGCCCCCACUCUGCCAUCUGUUAAAUAUAAUUAUGUUGCACAUGUAUUUUUGCUUUAUGAUUUGUGGGUGUCCACACCUACACUUUUAAAAUACUAGGAUAUGUGGAAUAUUAUAUGAGCUCCUUUUAGAUAUAAUGAUCAGCACAGUUUUUAAAAAAAUAAACUUUUCACUUUUCAUGUGAGUGGUUUGCUUUUUAUGGGAUAGGUUGAAAUAAAUUGGAGUUCAAAGUUCACACAUCUUUCCAUCAGGGAUAUUGUCAUGGGAGGAGUUUGCCUGAAUCUUUUUCUGGCAAUGUGUGUUGCAAACUUUGUAUUUCAUUUUUUUCCCCAGAGCAUGCUCACCAAAGCUUAUGGCUUUAUAGAUUAACAUUUUGUAAAAAAAAAAAAAAAAAAUAGUUUGUGCACUUGACAGAACAAAGUUCACUGAUACAACUCUCUGCAGAACAAGUUUUAGUGUGCACAUUCCUUGGCAUUGAUAAAAAUCUUGACUUUGCUGUGUACUUUCGCUGUAAUUUUUUUUAUUUAUAGAAAUUAUGAAAGAUUUGGUUUGAAAAUAGGUGUGGUAAUUAUCCAGAUGCUGUAUUAAAAUGAUAGAAUCGGCUAGAUAUCUGAUGUCUGUUCAGUUUACUCAGCAAGUAAAAAGUAUCACCUUCCAUUUAUUCACUACCAUACAAAAAUGUUGAUUCCAAUUUUUCUCACAAUAAGAUUAUUUUAAAACCAUCAUGAUGUUCAUAUAAAAUGUUAUAUUCAUGUGUUGACGAGACUGUAUGAAUGUUGAAAUUUGGUGACUGAGUGGAUCUUGUAAUUGUUUAUAAAAAGUGAAAUGCAAAUAAACUGUCUAAAAAGGUAAGAAGAAUAAAAAAAUGUUAUCAAACUGUUAUAAAUUAGUGCCACUGCAGUUAAUUGCAUAAAAAUGUAAGGAAAUUUUGUUAUGUUUAAGUACCAAGUAUCUUAUCUUGAUCUUCAUUCUCACUUUCUCAAUAUCUUCCCACCUCUCAUUCUUGCCUACACACAAAUACACAUUUGCAUUCCACAUACGAAUGUGAUCGAACUGUAGCUUUUGAUCAUUAGAAGAGUAGGUUUGUUUUGUUUUGUUUUUUUGUUUAAACUGAAUUUUUUGCAAAUAAACAGUCAUUACAAAGGUAAGUCAACUGGACUUGAUUGUGGGCAUCGCUGACAGUUAAGUGUUUCCCAGGGAGACAAAAUGGGCCAAGUGCAGAUAAAAGUACUGUGCUUCAAAGUAUUUUUUUUUUUCAAUAUAGUAUCUGAUUUAGAAUCUAUAUUUCUGUGCGUUUAUUUAUACUUGUAUGCUCUCAUUUCUUGCUUCGAUGGCAAGUUAUAAGUUUUGUUUUUAUAAAAAUUUGCAUAUAACCAAAACGUGGGGCUUCACGUAAGAAAAUUUGAAAACAUUUACUUGGGAAUGAUUAGAGUUAUUUAUAUGUUGCUUUUGUCCAAUAAGAUUUGCAGAAGUCUACUCCUGUGUUAGCAGUCCCCAAAGCAGUACUUGAUGUACGCUUUCAACAGGAGGGUGCAGUUGGUUAAGAGGUUACUUAUUACAGUGUGGUUUAUGGUCACAUGUAUAGCAGUUCCCCCCACACCCCUAUUUUUUAAAUUAAAAAAAAAAAAGCUAAAAGAUCUCAACCUUCACCAGUAUCAAAAUCCAUGGUUCUUGCAACUUAGUCAUUGUUUUUGCAAUGAACACCAAUAAAAGAUGUCACCUUUGCAUGUCUUCACAUUUUCUUUAUUUUGUGUUGUAUUUAAUUCUGCAGAAAUUAAAGGACUGCCCUUGUGCCUUAGAUAGUGCCAUAUUUUUUUCCUUUUUCUUCUUUAAAUAGCCAAGUCAGCUUUUGCUAUUUUGCUAAGAAAUGUCACCAUUAAGCUAUAUGACCCUUUCAUAUCACCUUGUUUUGACCAGUUUUCAAAAACUGAAAGUAAUACUAAAAUGUCAUAAAAAUGUAUAUCACAUGUUAUUAAAUCAGUUUAAGAAGAAACUGUUCUACCUUUAAGCCAUAGAAUUGUUUCAAAGAUUUUCAAUUAGGGUCACAGGAUACUGGAAAUUUAUUUUAAAUAGGUAGCAGAAAUGCCUUUUUUUUUCAGACUGAAAUUAUUCAGAUGUUAAUGAGUUGUUUUAGUUCAGUUACCUUGGCUGCACAAAACCUAUGGGGAAUAAGUGGAGCAUAAGCCUCUUGUUAAUUUUUUUUCUGUGACAACACCAGAAAUUCUGUCAUGUAAUUUUAAGGAAAGUAACUUGUAGAGAAAUGAGUCGGCUUUUAAAUGUAUCAUUUAUUCCCCCUGUAUCAUUCACAAAUUUUAAAAAACCUCAACACAUUACACAUUUGUCGAGUGCGUCUGCUGCAGCAAGGCGAGUCACAAGCUGUGGGAGCUGUAAGUUUGACCAUACAAUCUUGUAAUUUUAAUCUGAUGCCAUAUAUAUAUAACAGCUGUUUGUAUACAACAGAAUCAUCCAGGCAUAUACUACUGUGCUUAUGCAGGUGCAGUGAUGGUUAUGGCAACCAUAAAAAAUUUGCAUUAAAAUCUGCAAAAAUACAAAACUUUAUGAUCAGAAGUCUUGGGUCAGGUAUUAUUUAUAUGUACCAAAACUCCCAGUAUUUUGAUUAUUCCAUUCUCCACUUUGAUCUAAAGGCAUGUUUCAGAGAUCCAUUAAGCUAAAAAAAUAACCAGGCAUUUGAUCUAUAAUCAAGUUAACAAUGAAAUCCAGUUUUGGAAGUAUUCAUAAGUGAUAAGUAGCUGUUCCAUGGGGAAUUUAUAAAAAACCAAAGUGCUGUUGUAAAGUUAAGGAUGAGAGGAAUAAAUAAAACUGCCAAAUUUUCACUUCAUUGCAAGUAUUCAUGCCUACAUGAAAGAUGUCCUUAAUAAAAUGUAAUAUCAAAGAAA